GUACAUUUAAGACAUUUGCUCUUAAAUACAGCAACACUGUCGCGAUGAGCCUAAUUCCUUGCUUGAGAGGGAGGAAUCUUUUCCAGAUGACGAGGCGUGGAUUUGCCAGUGGAGGGGAUUUAAUUCGACUCAUGGUCGCCGAUCGCGAGGUCGUUGGCUAUGGCAUCAAUGGGCGACCCAUAUACUUCGAUAGCCCAGACUGCCCAUUUCCGGCUAUUCGAUAUCGGGAGGUUAACCCGGAGUUGUGCGCCCUUCGUGAAAAGGAGUUGGACGACUGGAAGAAGCUAUCGCUGGAUGAGAAGAAACAAUUGUACCGCCAUAGCUUCUGCCAAACCUAUGCAGAAUUCCAGCACUUUACGCCCGAAUGGAAGCUGUGUCUGGGCGUCGCUUUGUGGGUUGUGGCACUCGGAAUCGGCAUAUCGAUAUCUAUGAAGACCUUGGUCUAUAGGAAACUGCCGGAUACGUUUGACGAUGAGCACCAGUCGGCCCAAUUGCGGCGCAUUAUCCAGCUGCAAAUGAACCCCAUUACUGGAAUAUCGUCCAAAUGGUGCUACCACGAGAACAAGUGGAAGUAGCACCUCAACACGAUGAUUUGCCGAAAACUAUGUACAGAAACGAAACUAGUAACACACAAUCAAACAUCAUAAUCGGUUGCCAACUGAUACUAGAAGCCCCCAAAUGUUGUAGCAAGUCCACUCUAUAUAACAUCCCAAACAUUUAAAAUAUAGCCAAACCUUGCAAACAACCUGUUGCCAUUCGUUUAAUCUCGAAUGAGUAUUUUUAAAAUUACCCAAAACAUAUUCUAAAUUAAAAAAGGAGCAGCUACAAACGCAAAACCUCUCUCAAACGUAUUGAUGAAUCAUUAUCUCCAGCAAUAAAAUCAAAUAAACAAAUUCAA